CUUUCAAUGUUAUCCUCCAUACCAUUAGACCACUAUGAUAAGACUCGCCGUUCUUGCACUCUUCCUGAGUUACGCUAUAUGCGACUCGUUUAUUUCACUGAGGUUGUCCCCAACCCCAGCCCCAGGAUGUAACUAUCGUGGUACCUAUUACCCCUCGGUGUGGUUUAACCCCACCCCCUGUGAACGCUGUCAGUGCACCACCAGUGGAGAGGUGAUGUGCUUCACUAUUCCUUGUUUACAUACCCUAUGUGCGGACCCCGUUAUUGAAAAGGAUCAAUGUUGCCCCAGGUGCCCCAACGGUUACACCUGCAAAGCUCCAGACGGGCAUAUUGUCAAAGCCGGGGAGACCUACCAUCUGAACAGCUACACUUCCUGUCAGUGUGACACUCACCAGUGGACCUCAUUCACGGCUGUCUGCACACAUCAGGUUCCCAGCAUUCCGUAAUGAUUACGUCACUUCCGAUGUUGAUCCACCCCCAGUUCAAACCAGUUGACACAGAUUCCAUAUUGAUAUAUCAUCCUAUAAAUAGCUGAUUUAUUUUUAAAAACAAUGAAGAAAAAAAUUGUU